CACGGCAGCGCGUAGACAGUGUUGAAGCUCGCAUCGCUGUCGGCUGUAUUCAUUCGUGGUCGAGAUUCGAAGGUGUUCAGUUGAAGUACUUCAGGAGCUCUCGGUUCCCUACAGUGUAUUUUUGUUUUAGGCUUGCUGUAUAGCUUAAGUAACUUAUUCGCGUUAGUGCAAGGUGUGAAAACAUUAACAGUAUGAAGGUGCUAAUUAUUCUAUCGGCAGUGCUGUGCAGCGUGUUGGCAAAGGAUCAACCGAGAAAAGCGAUCGUCCACUUGGAGGGUUCCACGGGUGUCACUGGUAACGUGACGAUCUCGCAGUCCUCUUGUACCGAACCGGUCUUCAUUGAAAUCAACGUUAUUAGACUGACGCCAGGCAAGCAUGGAUUCCACAUUCACGAAAAGGGAGACCUGACUGACGGAUGUGCCAGCACCGGUGGCCACUACAAUCCGGACAAGGUCAGCCAUGGUGCCCCGAACGAUCAGGUGCGUCACGUUGGAGACCUGGGCAACAUCGUUGCGGACGAGGACGGUAACGCAAAGACGUCGUACUCGGACACGGUCGUUUCGCUCUAUGGAGCCCGUAGCGUUAUCGGUCGCGCCAUCGUCAUCCACGCCGAGGUGGACGAUCUAGGAAAGACCAACCAUCCGGACUCGCAAAAAACCGGAAACGCAGGCGGUCGUGUGGCUUGCGGAGUGAUCGGAAUUCUUGAACCCUUCGCGGAGCCAGCUGAGGAGUGCAGCAGCGGCCAGCAGGUCCUGUUGCCAGCGUUCACGUUGUUGAUGUCGCUUUUGGCAGCGCGUAUGUUAAUCUAGUAGAGGCGGGACAAAACAUGCUGGCGUUACCUUAAAUGGUGUGUACGUGAAACAUCGAUUAAUUAUGGACUAUUUUUUGCAACGAUAAUCUAAGACGGUGCGUGCCGUUCUAGUGGACGCGUAAUAACAAAAACCUUCGCCUAGGACGAGUCCGCCGUUGGUGCGUGAGGCAAAGUUCACCGAACUCUCACUUUUCAUUUGCCACCCAGAUCCGGCGGGCCACCAUGUUCUACUUCAAUCGCCAGAACCAGCACGAAAGGCCCAUGGACGUAAGAAAGAAGAGUUUUCUCGAACGUUAGAAGAGUUUUUUCAUCGCUAUAUGCUCUAUAGGAGUGUUUUUCUGUUACGGGGAAUACCGACACAUCCUUUGUUUUUGGAAAAUCUGUACAUAAUACCCCUUCAAUUGGUGGCCACAUCAAAGCUCACGAAAAUGAGGAAAAUUGUUGCCCCCUUAGUUUCCGCCACAAAAAAAAUCCACCUGCCUUAAGUAGUUCUUCGCGUGGGAACGUGGUUUUUCGCUCGUACCAACCAGUUAGCAUCAUCCUGAGUGACCUCUUGGUCACUCGAUCCUCGAGCCGUGAACCUUUGUUAUGUUACUAUUUAUUUAUACAUAUUUUUUAGUUUGUUAAGUGCGUUUUUGUGUAAAUAAAGCGGUUCUACCCGCCAUC